UUUUCUUUUUUGUGAUGUGAAAUGUGUUUUGAAUUUUUAAAUAUUGUUAUAUUUUGUUUAAGGAUAUAAAAUCCUAAAAAAAAAAAAAAAAGAGUUAUUUUUUGAAGGGUAUCUUGUGUACAGUAGGGGUCACAUGGGGAUGGAGAGGGAAUGGACAGCUAUGAACAGCUGGGAAGAGGGACUCAACGGUGUUACUGGAAAGUCGCCAGUGGAUUUAAUAGCUAGUGGGAAUCAGCCACCACGUGCCCUUGUGGCCUUCUCUUUAGUGACAUGCCCUUAUAAUAAUCUUUUCUUAUUACAAUUUUUGUUAUAUAUGCUUAUCAUAACUUACUAAUUUUAGCCCUUUCAAAAUUAUAUUGUGUGUUUAUAAAUUGCAAUAUUAAUAAGUACAAUCAUUGGUUAAAGAAAAACAGUCAAACUCUAGCUAACCAAUUAGGUACAUUGGAAGGAAUUCGAAUUCCUUGCUGUCGAGAUCCACACAUUUAUGUAAUUACUAUAUCGGUAGUCGUUAAAUCAUAAUCAGACAAUACAUAUUUAAAGUUUGAUUAUUUAUUUUUUAAAGAUCAAAAUUAGUAUUGAAAUUUGAAUGCAAGGAAACCAAAUUCCAUUUGAAGUAGGUUAAAGAUCUCAAAUUAGAGUGUUUUAUUUUUAGAAAAAAAGCAAAAUGAGAUGCAUAUCUAGUGUCCAAAAUUAAGAUAUGAAAACAGAAUUAGGUAAUUGAUUUGAUUCGGAUGAAUCGUGUCCAUGUUAUUGAUAAAAUUUUAUUGAAUAAUUCAUUGUCUCUAAGACAAAAGGAGAGAGAACCCCACUUAAGGGGGUUAGUGAUUGAUGAAAUCAUAUGGGUUUGUGAUCUUUAACUUAGAGGAGAACAAAAGCCAUGUGCAUAAGAUAAUUAGAUACUAUUUAUAAUAAGGGGGUGUAGUAGUUAUUCAUGGGGUGCAAUGUUUUUCAUUAAUCAUUUUUCAUUAAAAAGCUAACUAUACAGUAAUUUAAGAUAUAGUUAGGAUUGUGUGGACUCGUGGGAUUUGGGGUAUGAGCUGUGAAAGAGAGGAAAAAGUGAGGUCUUCUUGUGAAGAUCAUGUUAUGCUCCCAUGUGAAUUGUUUGCAUGCACUAUAUGCUUUCUUUGCUUUGUCCCCAAACCAUUCCCACAUGUAGGGUAUAUGCUCUCUUUCUCUCUAUGUGGAUGUGCAUAUAUGUCUUUCUAGGUACCUUCUUCCAUCAUCUUAUCUUAAUUUGAAUUAAUGUAGUUUUAUAAGGAGAUAAAAGUUUGACAUAUAUAGCACAUGAUUAAGAGCACCUUCAUGGGAUUUCAUAUUAUAAUCAAUAGCAUCUUUAAGUUCAUAGGUAUGCAAGGGUUGGAUGUCUUCCAAACUUAUAUCUAUGGAAAAAUUAGGGUUUGUAGCUUCAACAAACUCACGUCCGACAUAAGGAAUAUAGUUCGCCCAGUUAGAGCAAAUGGAGAUUCUCGGACAGGGAAAAGCAGCACUCAACAUCGAUAAUAAUAUACAUGAGAAUAUAAAUAGAAUGGAAAUCUAUCUAAACACACUUGAACGUUAUUGGAUCACUAAUUCAUUUUAAUAACCCUUGAUUAUUUGCAUGUGAUUUUCUUCUAAAUGUGACAUUAUUUUGGUGGAUGACCAAUUUUCUAAUGGAAUAAUUUGUUGCUAGGAGUCUCGUAUUAAAUACAUAUAAGUGCUUAAUAUGAUACUUAAGUUAUAAGACUCUCCCACCUAAUGAAUUAGACUUUUGAGUUAAAGUCUCCUCAUAGACUUAAGCCCUAAAUAUGGUUAGACAGGUAUGUAUAUUAACAUCAAAUGCAGUGAGAAGGACAUACCAAAAAAUCAUAGUUUUGGUCACUAAACUAUGCUAACACUCGUUCUUUAAUCGAUUGAAAUCAAUAUGAAUCUCUCACUUUAAACAUAGAUCCCAUGUAAAGUAAUGAGACCUACAUGAAUUUCAUCUGAAUAAAGAGUGAGUGUUAGAAAGAGUGUUAACGUAUCUCAUUUUCAGAAACAAUCAUAAAACUUGGUUGGCAAAUCAAUCAUCAUAUUCCACAAUCAUGAAGACCACAUUGCAAAAUUUGUUAGCUUCAUUAUGUACUACUACAAUAUUUGCAAAUACAAUAAACUAUGUGCUCAUUGAAGUAACAAAAGAAUCCUAACUAACAUAAGAAUCCCAAUCAAUGAACUAAAGAAUCUCCAAUGUUUUAUGCAAUUUCCUUUUUUAUAUAUUUGUAUUUUCAGAAGAAAUAAAAAUGUUUUUUAUUAAUCAAUGUUUUAUUUUCCCAAAUUUCGAUGGGAAGAUAAGAUGAAAUUAUUGAUCUAAGUUUUAAAUACGGAAAAGCUUCUCAUUCCAUUAUUUUAGUAAAAGUGAACAGAAUAAAAACACCACCAACAAUUAGAAAUGCUUUUCAUACAAAGAGACUAAAAAAUGAGACUUUGCGAAAUUCUAUAAUAAUCACUAGAAAAUGUUUAUUGUUACUACAGAUUAUACAUAAUGUGUAUUGUUAGCUAAGGGACCUAAAUGUAACUAAACCUAGUUAUGGGACUAAAACAAAUCAACAAAUUAUUUAAGGUACCAAAAGAGUGAUUUAGUCUAGAAUAUAUUAAAGUUUAAAUUUAUUUCUGUCCGACAUAAACCAACUCCAUUUGAUUUGUAAAAUGUAUGUACCGGACAGAACAUCACUGGACAUCACGAAUGUUUAAGGUAUUAAACAAGUGUUGUCUUAUAUGAUGUUUGGUGGACAAAAAUGUAAUUUUAGUAUUUUAGAAAACUUAUACAGAGGAUAAAAAGUUGUCUUGUGGUUUAAUUUUUGUCUAGUCCAUUGGCCCAAACACAACACGACAGAAAUAGUCUGUGUACAAUUUUUUAUUUUUUAGUAGAUCAAACGCACCCUAAAGAGAUGAACUAAAUUUAAGAAACAAUAUUUAAUUUAAGACAAUAUCAGCCUAAACUAUAUAUCAAACAAAAAUAUUUCUAGUCUACAUGUAAAAUGAAACUGAAACUAUUCACACCAACUGAAACUGCCUAAAUUGUGGAAAAUGCCUAACAAGACCUGUACGUCUUCUUUAUGGUCAUGCACAAAAAAUGAGUUCCACAAUUCUUGUCAUGCUAAAACUCUCAAAACAGAAUUGAAUAUGCAUUGCAAAUUUGUAAUGCAUAAAUAAAAUAAACAAGACAUUAAGAAGUAAUGUAUGUUGUUUAUGAUUAUAAAUAUCAAGUUAUGCUAAUGCUAUCAUUUAACAUAUCCACUAAAAAGUAAGAACUAACCAUGAGGACAACUAUAACAUUAAGCAUUGUUAUACUCAAUCUUGUUGUGUGCAAUCUAUGGAUAACUGCAAGUGCAUUUCCUGCAAUGCAGACAAAAAUUUCAACUGACCCGAAAGUCAUGAAGAAGAGGUAUGAAACUUGGCUAAAACGACACGGACGACAUUAUGGAAACAGAGAAGAAUGGGAAGUUCGUUUCGACAUUUACCAGUCAAAUGUUCAGUUUAUAGAGUUUCACAACUCUCAAAACCACUCUUACAAGCUAACAGACAACAAGUUUGCAGAUCGUACAAAUGAAGAGUUCAAAAGCAGCUAUUUGGGUUUUCUGCCUCGGUUGCGUGCACAGACAAAUUUCACAUAUCAUAAACAUGGAGUUCUGCCAAAAAGCGUUGACUGGAGGAAGAAAAGUGUUGUUACACGUGUCAAAGAUCAAGGCCGUUGUGGAAGUUGUUGGGCAUUCUCGGCCGUGGCAGCUGUGGAAGGCAUCCACAAGAUAAAAACAGGAAAGUUAGUUUCUCUAUCAGAACAACAGCUGAUAGAUUGUGAUACUAAAAGAGGGAAUAAAGGAUGUGAAGGUGGCGACAUGUAUAUAGCAUUCAACUACAUCAAAAAGCAUGGAGGGCUAGCUACUACUAAAGAAUAUCCUUUAACAGGAACAAGUGGUACCUGUAACAAAGCAAAAGCUAAAAGCAAUGCGGUAACUAUAAGCGGCUAUGAAAAAGUACCUGCUCGCAAUGAGAAAAUGCUAAAAGCUGCAGUUGCUCAUCAGCCUGUCUCCGUUGCAACUGAUGCUGGAAGUUUUGCAUUUCAAUUUUAUUCAAAAGGUGUCUUCUCUGGAAGUUGUGGAAAGGACCUCAAUCAUGCCAUGACUAUAGUUGGGUAUGGAGAAGAAAAUGGUGAAAAGUAUUGGCUUGUGAAGAAUUCAUGGGCAAAUGACUGGGGUGAAUCAGGUUAUGUUAAGAUGAAGCGUGAUACUAAGGAUAAAGACGGCACUUGUGGCAUUGCCAUGGAUCCUACCUACCCUGUCAAACAUUAAGCAGCAUGCUAGGAUAAUUGACCUGUUGUGGUUGUAAAAAUGAAAGAUGUUAGCUCAAGAAAGAUUGUUCACGCUAACAAAGAAACGUUUUAGGAAGACACGACAGCUAUUGAUUGAAUUUAAUAAUAUGGU